AUGGUCCCUCCUGUAGCCAGAAAAGCAUACCCUUGGGAUCCUGGAGGUGUAGCAACAGAGGAAAGCGCUCGCUGGAGUUUCGUCAGCGGUCUUGUCAUCGGCCGCCGACUCCCUCGCAACGAGUCCAAUCUCAACGUCAAAAUCAUUCCCGACAUUGUCGGCGGUGCCCCCCGCGCCGAACUAGGGGGGAGAAAGGCGCAGCCCUGA